AUGAGAGAAAUCCGAAGUAAUUCCUUAGUGUUCGAAGAUCGGAUUCUCAAAAAGCUUAGACAACGGCAAGCCUCUGUUGGAACUCUCUCCAUUGCUUCUCCAUUAAAUACUUCCAUGAUUACGAAGAAACCUGUUCCGGAAUCUUAUGUAAGUUCAGUACCAGUUAUUAACAUUCCAACAGAAGAAUAUAUAGAGGCACAUAAGAAAUCUUGCAAGCUGCAAAUUAAUAAAACGCUAGGAAGAUUAGAAUCAUUAAUUAAAGAACCAACUCAAAAGAUCAUUCAACUAUCAAUGAAAUCUUCAUCCUUAAUACAAGAUUACAAUUCUUUAAUUACAGCUAGACAAUCAUACGAUGGAAGAGGAUUAUCCGAAAAUCGAGAAAUGUUUUACUUAAUUGAUCAGUUAAUGCACUUGCAAAUCAAGGAAAUUACAUUAAGAACUCGAGAUUCAGAAACUUAUCUCGACUAUCUUAUAAAAAUGCAAAAAUAUUUAAGUGAAUCGUUACCUGAUAUUUCAGAGUUUUACAUUGUUGUCAAUUUGUCUGGAUACCUUCAUUCAAUACCAGAGCAUAAAGAUAAGAUAUCAAGACUAAGCAGCAAAAUAGCUAUUCUCGAAAAAUAUGUUAAACAACCACAAUUUCUACCUACACCAACAACAUUUGAAGAGCAACUUAUUUAUCCUACUUCAUCAACCUAUGCAUUGUUCAGGAAGAUUGAGAAAAAAGCCAGGAAAAAAACUCUUCAAGAAAUUAUUGAUGAAUUCAAAGAACUUACUACAGACCCUGAAGAAAUGCUCAUACUGUUACAGCAUGGAUUUACAUUUGGUUGGAGAAGGACGGAAUUUCCCUUUUUACACUCAUCAUCAAUUCCAUCGGCUUUUUUACACGUUAAAGUCAAAGAAUUUGAUCCUCCUUACUUAGGUGAUAAAUUCAAAGAAAAAACGAUCAAUGAAUUGCGAUUUUGUGACUGGCCAUACUCAUCUGUUGUAGAUAUUUUAGAUGAGCUGUUCUUCAUUAUUAAUCCGAUAGAAGGAGCAAAAAUAUUUUAUUCGGCCAUGGAAAAAACUGCUCAAUGUGUUUCCAAUGUCACUGGAGAAGUCGAACUUCUUGAUUUUGAUACACUGUUCCCAUUGAUAUUGUUAUCUGUCCUUGCUACAGGAUUACUAUGUGAAUCAAGGAUUUUGCAGUUCAUUGCAAUGAUUUCUACUAUCGAUAAUCCUGAUUCGAAGGUUUCUUUUGCUGCUUCAUACGUCGAAGCUAUUUUAGCCCACCUUUUAAGCUUGGACGCAAAUGGGCAUCCAAGAGAACCAGAAAAUCAUUAA